AUGGAAAAACCCGCCGUGUUGAUUGUUGGUGGUCUCGGCUUCAUCGGUCGUCACCUCGCCCUUUACCUCCAUGAAAACAAUUUGGCCUCGGAAGUCCGCUUGGUAGACAAAGUCCUACCCCAACUAGCUUGGCUGGCCCCAGAGUUUGCAGAGGCAUGCUCACAGGACAAGUUUGUUCAGGCUGAUGCCAGCCGUGAACAACACUUCCCGCGCAUUUUCGACCGAGCCAAUGGCAAAGAAUUCGACUACGUGAUCAACUGCGGUGGCGAGUCUCGUCACUCCCAACCCGACGACGUCUACGAGGCCCGCAGCUGUCGUUUAACACUCGCCCUCGGCAAGGAAAUUGCCCGUCGCCGUAUCCCCGCUUUCAUCGAAACCUCCACCGCUCACGUUUACAAGGGCGGUUCCUCCCCACGAAAGGAAGACGACAAGCUUUCCCCCUGGCACAAACUCGCAGACUGGAAACUCAAGGCCGCCGAAGAACUCCGCAAAAUCCCCGAUCUGCAGUACUGCGCCCUUCGCUUGCCCCACGUCUACGGCGCCUAUGACCCGGGCUACUUCGCCACCGGUAUCUGCCUCUCUGCCGUCCAUGUCGAUCUCAAACAGGAUCUCGUCCUCUUGCACACCAAGGACUUGAAAGUGAACACCCUCCAUGUCAAGGAUGCUGCUAGUGCACUUUUCGAGGCUGCCAAGUGGCGCGCCGCAGCUGGCUAUAUCGACAUGUCUACCGGCCCUAUUGCUUUCAAUGUCGUCGAUCACAACGACACGCGUCAGGAGCAUGUUGCCAAUGCGCUGACCGAGGUUUUCGGCCUCAAGGUCUCGUUCAUCGGCUCGCUCGCCUCCCAACUCGCCAAGCUCAAUUUGGACGACAUUGUCGAUGACAUGAACGAAAUCAGUCUGCAAACUUGGGCGGAGCUCGUUGAGAAGGCCGGUAUCACGCGCCCCGGUCCAAUUGGCCCCUUCCUCGAGCGUGACGUACUUAAAGAUCAGGACAUGUCCAUUGAUGGAUCGAAGUUCGAACGUGAAACAGGCUGGAGGCCUAAAUAUCCCCACUUUGGCACGGAUAGUAUCCGUGAGAUUGUGGACAGUUACAAGCGGAUGGGCUGGUGGCCUUGA